GAAAUUUAUAUAUAUAUGCUCUUCAAUGCAUAGAUCCCCAAUUUUGGAUCCAAAGUUGCUACCCCGGAAGAUCUGCUUCUCUUUCCGCCAUUGAUUCUCAACUGAGUCUUGGCUUAUUCCAGUUUCUUCACUGUAGAGAAACAUGUUUUUGUGGGAUUGGUUUUAUGGGGUUCUUGCAUCUCUUGGUUUAUGGCAAAAGGAGGCCAAGAUUCUGUUCUUGGGUCUCGACAAUGCCGGUAAGACAACGCUUCUUCACAUGUUGAAAGACGAGAGGUUGGUGCAACACCAGCCAACUCAGCACCCAACUUCCGAGGAGCUGAGUAUAGGGAAAAUCAAGUUUAAAGCUUUUGAUUUGGGUGGUCACCAGAUUGCACGCCGAGUCUGGAAAGAUUAUUAUGCCAAGGUAAUCUGUUUUCUCCUGAUCUCUUGGUCUCACCCUUGUUAGAAUGAUUUUUUUUUUAUUAUUAUUUUUUUUUAUGUUGAUUGCUCAAUGUUCAUUGAAAGAUUGAUUAUACGGGUUUUUAAUCUGUUUGUUGAUGCUUCCUUGUUAAGGGUGAGAAAUUUAAGUUGGGAAUAUGGGGUUUAUGAAUGUAUUAUUUCUUCUGAUUGGAAUUGUGGACAUGAUAAUACCUGGUGUCUGUAAUAAUUGUGGUUCAUUUCUUUCCAUUAGUUUCUUACAAUUGUAUUAUAAGGUGUCUUGUUAUGGUUGUCUGGAACUUAGGUGAAAGGGAAAUUUUUCCCCUUUUUAAUUGGUUCAUCCCAUUUGAACUGGAAUGAUACUGGUUUGGUUGUCAGACCUCUACUUUUUAUGGAUGUAGGUUUGAUACUUUCUUUUUCACUCUUGCUUGUCCUUGAAUUAUGGUUAGGUGGUUUACUUUUAACUUUUAGUUUUGUAUGGAAAGGAUCAAAAUGUUUUAAUUUUGUGGACAGCAAAAGGAUCCGCUCUUAUUUAUGUGUGUUUUACUAAAACCCCUUUUCAACAAGUUAACUGAGAUAAGUUUUGGUGCAAAUUCUGCCUUCAUAAUCCCAGGUAAACUGUCUUUGUGUUUAUCUGAUUCAUGGGAGGCAGAUAUUGAUAAUGGAAGUUUCGCUGAUGGCACCUUUGUUUUCUGUAGGGAAGGUGUUUAAUAGUAGCUUUCCACACAUGAUCUCGGCUUUAUCAAAUUGUUACCAGAAAGAGUCAUUUUGUUGAUAUUAGCCCUAUGUAAAGUCUGCUCAUAAGAUCUAUUUAAGUUGGAGGUGCAAUUUUGAGUUCUCUUUCCCUAUGUGAAGUAAUGUAGCUCUAUUUUCUGGUGGAGAAGGGCUUUCCUUAAAUGAAUUGACUGCUAGCAUAGCAGUAACUAAAUUCCAUCAAUAUCUUGGCUUUCUCACAAAAUUUUCCACCCUGAUAAAGUUGUCUCCUUGGU